GGAAAAUAUAUAAAAUAGAGCUAUGGUUCGAAGUCGCUUCUUUUCAAAUUCACGACUUCCACAUCUAGGGUUCCCUGCCCUCGGUGUUCUCUCAAAGAAUCACCGUUACCAAUAACAUCCCCGGUGAAUAGGUAAGAUCUCCAUAUCACCGAUAGCGUCCUCCCCCACGUCUCCCAUCCUGUUAACGUUUCGGUUCUUCACGGGCUUGUCUACAGGAGUUAUAUAUUCGUGCCCGGCGUGAUUCGACAUAUACUAUCAUGUAUGCCCUAAAUUAUUUUGGGUACUAAACUCGGAAGGUGUUGCAGUUAGAGUUAGAGGUUUGAGUAGUAGUAUUAGUUAUUCACACAAGGCUCGGUCCGACGUCUCUAGGGUACUAUUACCAUCGUCCUCCCCCACGACUGCCGCGGCCGCCAUGAGCAGCAGCAGAGUAAGAAACUUCCGUCGUCGAGCAGAGGAGGAUGACAACGACGAUGAAGAUAAAGAAAAAACCACCACCACCAUCAGCAAAAAACCACAAUCAAAACCCGCCACAGCCACUCCAAAACCUAAGAAACCUAGUCUCCUUAGCUUUGCGGAUGACGAAUCUACGGACAUCGCUACUCCGAUCUCUCGAAACCGCCCUUCUAGUCAAAAUAAACAUCCUAGUUCUUCCCGUUUAUCAAAACCCUCAUCUCUGUCAUCAUCGUCAAGUCACAAACUAACAUCCGCGAAAGACAGAGGUUCGGCUUCGUAUCUUCCCUCUAACGUACAGCCACAAGCCGGCGUUUACACGAAAGAAGCGCUCCUUGAAUUACAAAAGAACACCAAAACCCUAGGUAGCAGCACCCCUCGCCCUCGGCCACCACCAUCUGAACCGAUUAUUGUGUUAAAAGGUAUGGUGAAGCCGGUUGUUGAGGAUUCAUUAAAGAAUACAAAAGGAGACGAUGAAGAAUCAAAUAGGAUAGGAUUAGGUGGAAAAGGGGGAAAUUUAGAUGGGGGCUUGAUACCGGAUCAAGCCAUGAUAGAUGCAAUUAGGGCAAAGAGGGAGAGAUUGCGACAAUCACGGGCUGCUGCUCCUGAUUACAUAGCAUUGGAUGGAGGGAGUAAUCAUGGUGAAGCCGAAGGUCUGAGUGAUGAGGAGCCUGAAUUUCAAGGAAGAAUUGCCUUGAUUGGGGAGAAAAGUGAGGCUAAAAAGGGUGUUUUUGAGGAUGUUGUUGUUGAUGUGAGAAAGGAGAAUUCAGAAGGUGAUGGCAGUGAUGAGGGUGUUGUAGAUGAAGAAGACGAGGAGGAUAAGAUGUGGGAAGAGGAACAGUUUAGAAAAGGUUUAGGUAAAAGGAUGGAUGAAGGGGUGGCAGUUAGAGGUAUGGGUAGUAGCAGCAGUAUUCCAACCGUUGCUCAAAAUGUUCAGAAAAAAGUUGUGUAUCCAACUGUUCCAGUUGCUUCAUAUCCCUCAAUUAAUGGUGGUCCAAGUAUUGGGGGAUGGUCAUCAGGUUCCGAUACAAUAUCCAUAUCACAACAGGCUGAGCUUUCUAAGAAAGCCUUGCAUGAGAGUGUUCGUAGGCUUAAGGAAACUCAUGGACGGACAUUAACUUCAUUGACAAAAACUGAUGAAAAGUUGUCAGACUCAUUGGCCAAAGUUAUAGCUCUUGAAAAUGCUCUUACAGUCACCGGUGAGAAGUUCAUCUUUAUGCAAAAGCUUCGCGACUAUGUUUCUGCUAUAUGUGAGUUUUUGCAGGAUAAAGCUCCGUUCAUCGAGGAGCUGGAAUACCAAAUGCAGAAACUUCACAAAGAACGCGCAGAAGCCAUUUUUGAAAGAAGAGCAGCUGAUAGCAGCGAUGAAUUAAUGGAGGCGGAAGCAUCAGUGAAUGCAGCAAUGGUGGUCUUCAAUAAAGGUGGAAACACAAAUUCCAUGGUUGAAUUAACUGUCUCCCAGGAAUUACGAAACCUUCCGGUGAAGUUGGACGAAUUCGGGCGUGACAUCAAUCUACAAAAGCGUAUGGACAUAAAACGAAGGGCGGAAUCACGACAACGGCGGAAAGCCCGAUCGGAUUCCAAAAGAAUCCAAUCCAUGGAUCCUGAUUCCGAUUCCCAUUUAGUAGAAGGGGAAUCCAGCACGGAUGAGAGCGAUAGUGAGAGUAGGGCUGCUUACGAAUCCAACCGCGAUCAGUUGCUUCAAAUUGCGGGACAGAUUUUUAGCGACGCGGAUGAAAAUUUCUCUCAGCUUUCAUCUGUUAAAGAAAGAUUUGAAAUUUGGAAAAAGGAGUAUGCAUCUAGCUACCAAGAUGCAUACAUGUCGUUGAGUAUACCUGCCAUCUUCUCUCCUUAUGUAAGGUUGGAGCUUUUGAAGUGGGACCCACUUCAUCAAGAUUCAGAUUUUAUUGAUAUGCAGUGGUACGUACAUGUACAUGCUUCUUGAAAAGACAGAUGAAUAGCCCAGCAGUUGAGUUAAGUGGGCAUGAAUUGCUGUUCAAUUACGGUCAACCGGAGGAGGAAAGUAAAAUUGACCCGGAUGAUGCAGAUGUGAACCUUGUACCUGAUCUGAUUGAAAAGGUUGCGAUUCCUAUAUUACAGCAUGAGAUAGGGCAGUGUUGGGAUACCUUGAGUACAAUGGAGACAAAAAAUGCUGUUUCUGCUACAAAUCUGGUGUUUAGAUACGUCCCCCUUUCCAGUAAGCCCGUCACUGACCUUGUUGCUGUUCUCCGUGACCGCCUCUCUCAUGCCGUCGCUGAUCUCAUGGUCCCCACAUGGAAUUCUGUGGUGCUAAAGGCAGUACCAAAUGCAGCUCGAUUUGCAGCAUAUAGAUUUGGAAUGUCUGUACGCUUAAUGAAAAACAUAUGUUUAUGGAAUAAUGUUUUAUCAACCUCCAUUAUUGAAAGGCUUGCUCUUGAUGAGCUUUUGAGUGGAAAAAUUCUCCCUCAUCUUCGAAGCAUUCAGUCCAAUAUUCAUGACGCCAUCACAAGGGCUGAAAGACUUGUCGCCUCCAUGUCUGGUGUCUGGACAGGUCCAACUGUUACCGCUGCUGCUGACCGCAGCCUGCGGUUGCAACCCUUGGUGGAUUAUUUGGUGGUUCUUGGAAGAACAUUGGAGAAGAGGCGGCAAGGAGAGACAGAUGGAGUGUUUGCUCGCAGGUUGAAGAAGAUGCUGGUUGAACUCAAUCAAUAUGAUCAUGCACGCCAUAUUUCAACAACCUUUAAUCUUAAAGAAGCCCUUUGAUAUUGUAUAAUUCAAACUCAUUCUUCUUAAUCUUCGCCCUUGUUAUUCUUUAACUCAAUUAUUGUCGUCCUAUGUGAUUUUCCGUAACUUUUACUCAAACACAACUCUCUCUCUCUCUCUCUCUCUCUCUCUCUCUCUCUC